GCUGCCGCUGCUCCCGCUGUCACCGCCUCCGAGAACAUGGCUGUGCCUCCCACAUACACUGAUCUUGGCAAGCCCACCAGGGAUGUCUUCACCAAGGGCUACGGCUUUGGCUUAAUAAAACUUGAUUUGAAAACGAAGUCCGAGAAUGGAUUGCAAUUUACUAGCUCAGGCUCUGCCUACACGGAGACCACCAAAGUGAACGGCAGUCUGGAAACCAAGUACAGAUGGACCGAGUAUGAACUGACGUUUACUGAGAAGUGGAACACAGACAACACCCUGGGCACUGAGAUCACCGUGGAAGACCACCAGCUUGCUCGUGGACUGAAGCUGACCUUUGAUUCAUCUUUCUCACCUAACACUGGGUCUCUUCUGGUAAAUGGAGCCACCAAACUCCGUCCCAUCGUUCACAUUAAUAUGAAGCUGGAAUUCGUCCGUCUUGUAGCCAACUGCGAGGUUGCUCUGGGUCACUCAGGACUUCGAGGUCUCCAAAUUCAUCUGGUAGCCACCCAGUCAACCCUCAUAGCCAAGCACCAGAGCACCCCGGAUUGA